AUGAGUGCUACCAUUUUCCACCUUGUUCACAGCCCUGAGGUGCUAAACAAGCUCACCGAAGAGAUUCGCUCUUCCUUCGACGACGAAACAGAGAUAUGCAUGGGCACACAACUCAAUUCAUGCACCUUCCUACGCGCAUGCAUCAACGAAUCUCUCCAUGUCCCAACGCGUCCGGUUUUGGCUGGCGAUGUUGAUGUUGAUGGCCAUCAAUUUCCCGAGGGAGUCAUAAUUGGUACUCUCAUCUACACAAUCCACCAUGAUGCAAGGUAUUACCCUCGGCCAUUCAAAUUCGAUCCUGGCCGAUGGCUUGAGACUGAGGACGGCGAGGACGCAGCCACGAAACAAGCUAGCAUCAAUGUCGCACAGGCAGCAUUUUGUCCGUUCAGUAUUGGGCCCAGGAAAUGUGUCGCUAAGGAUAUGGCCUGGGUGGAGCUGUCUUUGAUCAUCGCCCGGACCUUAUUCAAAUAUGAUAUGCAGCUCCCAGCAGAUCAUGCCAUAACAGAGCCAAACUGCUGUAGUCCAGUUGAAAAUGAGGCAGGAAAGAGUCCGGAGUAUCAGCUGAAAGCCUGA